AUGGCAGACCUCCUCGGCGACCCAGCGUGGUCGCAGCUCCACCCACGGCUCUGCACCGACACGCCAAGGUCGGCCCUGCAGUGCGAGCUCGCGCCCGACGACGCGCGCGUGCUCCGCGCCACCCGCCUCCACCUAGGCCCCGACGUCACCACCCUGGCCUGCAGGCCCGGGGCCAGGUUCGACCCCGCCUCGCUGCGUGGCCUGCCGCACUUCCGGACGCUCUCCAUCUUCGGCUGUUUCGACGCCGCCCAUGCCCCCAUCGAGCCGCCGCCCGUGCUGUUC